CAUCACUAAUGAGGCUGCUGUGCAUAACUUAGCCAUAUGUCCAUACUAUUCAUAAGCCUAUCUUUAAAGCAGUCAAAAGAGUACAAUAAAGACCUGCUAUUUGAUGAAAACAUUUAUCAGCUUCCAACUGUAGCGUUACAUGUUCACACACUGGAUUUGCAGCACGGCGUCAUCCGUUUCCAGGAAACAGUUGUUAAGGGUGAUGUAAACUGCACGCCGGACUCCGAGCUGGAAUGGUUGCAGUGCGCAUGUGCUGAUUGAGCGUUUCUGUGCGGUUCUGCUGAGCUGGCUGGGCGCACCGGUGACCUUAUCGGUUUUCACAGACUGUUUCUGGCGGCCCGCGGGUGUAAAAUCCAGAGGCGAAUAAAUGUAGCAAUCCAGGUUAAAAAGGGAAAGAUUGAUCCAGUUUAUGAGUGAUGUGAGAAUGAACUCAAAUAUGCACCAACAAAUGCAAGUGCCACCCUUGGAGGGAAAAGUUCGCUGUAAUUAUCUAAAUCUGCCUCUGAUUAAUGGGGACCGACUGAGGACAGCUAAGACUCUAGUGGACAAAGCCAUAAAGGAAAAGAAAGUGUUCACGGUGCAUGGCCCAUAUCCGGUAAUCCGCGCGGGCCUACGCGCAAGAGGAUGGGUGGAGCGCCGACUACCACGGCCCACUUUCCUACAAACCCGUCGACAUGAUCUUGAAACUGAAGCCACAGAUGAGGGUGACAGCAGUGAUGAUGAUGACUUGGUAGAGGAGGGAGAAAGGGACGAUGAAGCAGAUGAUCUGUACGACCUAAUGUCACGGUUGGUUCGCAAUGAGACCCCAUAUUUCUACUGGACAACAAAGAGGGAUUCAAUCGACUGUAGGUCUUUACGUAAAGAUCAGAUGACCAAUCAUUAUGCAAAGGCGGGAUCUUUUACAACCAAGGUUGGUUUGUGUGUGAAUUUGAGAAAUCUGCAGUGGUUUGAUGAAGCAGACCCUGAUACAUUCUUCCCACGCUGCUACAGACUGGGGGCGGAGGAUGAGAAACAUGCUUUUAUUGACGACUUUAGACGCACUGCAUGCACAAGUCUAUUGCUGUAUGUUUUGGAGAAGUAUGGAGGGGAUUCAGAGUGGGAGAGAAUAGGCGAGGUUCAUGAUGCUAAAUCUCGUGGUCUGAGCAAGCGGCGUAAACAGCACACCAAUCAGAGGGUUGGAACCUCGUUAAUUGACAAUGCAUUGCAUGUAUGUCAGGAGUAUCUGAACAGUUUAGAACACUGUGACAUAGACGUCACUUUGGAAACAACCCCUACCCUCUCGGAGCAACAGUGGAAGGUGUUUCUUCAGAAUUAUUACUUAGUUAUUCAUGAAGGACUGACGAUAGAGGGAUGUGAAGAAUAUGUGGAGCGUUGUAAAUGCAUGCUGGAGCAGAUGCGUCAAGUUUGCCCUCAGAUAGAGACUGAUGGACUCAGCAACAUCUGGAUCAUUAAACCUGGGGCCAAGUCACGAGGCAGAGGUAUAAUGUGCAUGAACAAGCUGGAUGAGAUGUUGAGUUUAGUAGAUGGAGACCACUGCAUCAUGACGGACAGUAAAUGGGUGGUGCAGAAGUACUUGGAGCGGCCCCUCCUCGUGCAUGACACUAAGUUUGAUGUUAGGCAGUGGUUCCUGGUCACAGACUGGAACCCUCUCACUGUGUGGUUCUACCGUGAGAGCUACCUCCGUUUUUCUACGCAACCUUACUCCACUCAUACAUUGGACAGCUCUGUACAUCUUUGCAACAACUCCAUUCAGAAGCAUUUUCAGCCAAGCCCAGAUCGCAAUCCUUCUCUACCCGCAGAGUCCAUGUGGUCGUGUUCGCAGUUCCGCUCCUGGUUGGCUGCUUCAGGCCGUGGUGGUCUGUGGGAAGGGGUGGUGGUUCCAGGUAUGCAGAAGGCUGUUAUCCAAACUCUCUUGACUGCACAGGACAGUGUGGAACCUCGCAAAGCCAGUUUUGAGCUUUAUGGAGCUGACUUUAUGCUGGGAAAUGAUUUACGACCUUGGCUGUUGGAGAUCAAUGCCAGCCCCACCAUGGCACCCUCCACAAGAGUCACAGCUCGACUCUGCCCCGCUGUACAGGAAGACACUUUGCGGGUGGUGCUGGAUCGACGCUGUGACCGCAACUCUCACACUGGUGGCUUCCAGCUCAUAUACAAACAGGCACCAGUAGAAGUUCCUCAGUAUGUGGGAGUGAAUCUUCUUGUAGAGGGGACUUCAAUCAGACGACCCCGUGCCCCUAUUUACAAACCUCUCAUUCAGUCUCACCUUGAGCCGCUAUCAAAAUCCACCAGUCACAAGCCUUCACUCAUUAACAGCCAUUGCACUUCUGGCAAGGAGAAUCAGUCACAGGGGGUAAAAAAGGCCUGGCCUACACUCUCCUCCCGUAAAGUCACACCGGAGCAAUCUUUAAUCUUUCACCCUAAACUGAGGAAACGUCCCCACAGACUAAUCUUACCUUCAAACUGUUGUGUGCUUCCCAACCCAUCUGAACUUCAUCCACAAAAGCUCUCAGACACUCUAGCCCAGCCCGAUCACCCUCACACACACAGGACACGCAGUAACCUUCCAUCUCUUUACCGGCCAACCCCCUCACUGGAAGUGAUAAGCAUACGACCUAGACAAACUACCACCUCCUUUCGCUACAAACACAACAUGCACACAGUCAAUAUAUCUUACACAGUCUUACCCAUGCAGCAGCAACUUUCACUAAACCAUAGACGGGCCACUGACACUUUUACAAAGAGAGAAGGGCCGAAGUCGUCCUGAGGAACCUUUUGGAGAACAGGAUUUUAUACAAACAGAGUUAAUAUGACUUAAAUGCAAUAAAUAGACUGCAUCAGUUUUCAUUGUAAGUUUAUCUUUAAAUGCACUGGAUUUAAAACACAUAUAUUUACUGUCAGAAAUAAGAAAGAGAACUGCAUUUUAGUUGAGGAAGUACUUUUAGUACUUUUUGGUAAUUAAGAGCACAU